AUGACAACUGUUAAAACUGUUGCUGGAAUAGCUUUUGCUUUAUGUACUGGUUUAACCUUAUUGGUAUUGGCAUGUACAAUUACUCAAUUAACUUCAUGGUGGCCAAUGUUUGUUAUUGUUUUUUAUAUAUUAUCACCUAUACCAAUACACGUAGCUAAAGCUUUUGGAGGUGAUUUUGACACUGGAAAUCCAAUUGUUGAUUUUGCAGUUUUUAUGACAACAGGAAUUAUUGUAUCAGCAUUUGGUUUACCUGCAGUUUUAGCUCAUGUUGGAACAAUUCAAUUUCAAGCUUGGAUCAUGACUGCUUUUGCUAAUGUUAUAAUAUUUUCAACUAUUGUUUCUUACUUUUAUUAUACAGAAAAAGAUACUAUGGCUUUUCCAUUUUAA